UCAGUUAAAAGUCAGAAGUCAAAACUCUCUUUCUCGCACUUCCGUGACUUUAUCAUUUCGGAAACAAAGCUCUUUGAUCUUCGAAUUCCUUGGAUCACUUUUCUUCGAUCAUCUCUCUCUUCCUUCAACGUUCACCCCUACUAACUACAAUCCCUUUUCCACGGGAAAAUCUCCUUCUAGGGUUCUCACGACCUAUAAUCCCUCAAUCUUUUACUCUUAUGCUUCGAUCAUGAUUUUCUUUUCCGUAGUUAUAAUUACGACUUAAAUUGCUCGAUUUUCCUUUUUUCUUUCACUUCUCAAGAAUUGUGGAGCACUCUGUGAUCAAUGAAAAUGCAUUUGGUGUCUGGUUACAAGGGCGUUUUUGGGCUUGUUUUUGGGAAUGAGAAUUCUUCAAGUGAAGAUAGCUAUGUUGAACGCUUACUUGACCGGAUAAGCAAUGGUAAACUAGCAGAGGACAGAAGAAAUGCUAUUACUGAGCUUCAGGCUAUUGUAUCGGAAAGUCAAGCUGCCCAGUUAGCAUUUGGGGCAAUGGGCUUUCCUGUAUUGCUAAGCAUCUUAAGGGAAGAACAUGAUGAUGUUGAGAUGGUUCGUGGUACCCUAGAAACUCUUGUAAGUGCGUUGACUCCUAUCAAUCAUGCAAAAGGGUCAAGCAAUGAAGUUCAGCCAGCUAUGAUGAACACUGAUUUGCUUUCCAGAGAACCAGAAAGUAUCUCUCUUCUUUUAAGUUUGCUGACAGAGGAUGAUUUUUAUGUACGAUACUACACUCUGCAACUAUUGACUGCCCUUCUCACUAAUUCUCCUCAGCGGUUACAGGAAGCUAUAUUGACCAUCCCUCGUGGUAUAACUCGGCUGAUGGAUAUGCUUAUGGAUCGUGAGGUAAUAAGGAAUGAAGCAUUGUUACUUCUUACUCACCUGACCCGUGAAGCUGAGGAAAUUCAAAAAAUCGUUGUUUUUGAAGGUGCAUUUGAGAAGAUUUUCAGUAUCAUAAAAGAGGAGGGAGGUUCAGAUGGCGGUGUCGUUGUACAGGACUGUCUUGAAUUGUUAAACAAUUUGCUUCGUCAUAAUGCAUCCAAUCAGGUACUGCUAAGAGAGACUUUAGGACUUGAUUCGUUGAUAUCAAUUUUGAAGCUGAGAGGAAGUGGUUAUACUUUUACUCAACAAAAGACAAUCAAUCUACUCAGUGCUUUAGAAACCAUUAAAUUGUUAAUAAAGGGAGGUUCUGAUGCUGAUCCUGGGAAAGAUCUAAAUAAACAGACAAAUAAGAGAACUCUGAUUCAGAAAAAGGUGUUGGAUCAUUUAUUAAUGUUAGGUGUUGAAAGCCAAUGGGCACCUGUUGCUGUUCGCUGUGCGGCAUUGAGGGUUAUUGGCGAUCUGAUUGCUGGAGAUUUAAAGAAUUGUGAUGUUCUUUCUAGCAAAUUUCUUGGAGAGGAGCCACAAGUUGAACCUGCUCUGAACUCUAUACUCAGAAUCAUUUUGAGGACUUCUAGCAUGCAAGAGUUCAUUGCAGCUGAUUAUGUUUUUAAAAGCUUUUGCGAGAAAAAUACUGAUGGACAAUCAAUGCUGGCAUCUACACUAAUCCCACAGCCGUAUUCCAUGAAUCAUGCACCUCUUGAGGAGGAUGUCAAUAUGUCUUUUGGAAGCAUGCUAUUACAUGGUCUUACAUUGGGUGAAAAUGAAGGUGAUCUUGAGGUUUGUGGCAGGGCUGCUAGUGUCCUAUCUCACGUAUUGAAAGACAAUCUUCACUGCAAGGACAGGGUUUUACAAAUCGAAAUUGAGGCCCCCAUCUCAUCCUUAGGAGCUCCAGAGCCACUAAUGCAUCGAAUGGUGAAAUAUAUGGCCCUUGUCUCUUCCAUGAAAAGCAAAGACGGAAAGUCUAGAUCAUCAGAAAAUUCAUAUAUUCAAGAAAUUAUCUUAAAAUUACUAGUUACCUGGCUAGCUGAUUGCCCAGGUGCUGUUCACUGUUUCCUAGAUGCUCGCCCCCACCUUACUUAUCUUCUUGAGCUGGUGUCAAAUUUGUCAGAAACAGUGUGCAUAAGGGGUUUGGCAGCAGUCGUCUUGGGUGAAUGUGUUAUCUAUAAUAAUUCCACUGAUAGUGCAAAGGAUGCAUUUGCCAUUGUUGAUAUGAUGAGUCAGAAAAUCGGGCUUAGUUCUUACUUUUUGAUGUUUGAUGAGAUGCAGAAAAGUUUUGUUUUUGCUAAUGUGGAAUCAUCUCUGAACCGUAAAUCAUUCACUAGAUGUUCAACAGCUAGCAUGGAAGAUAUUACAGAUUCAGACAACAAUGACCUAUCUGAACAGAAAAAUAUGGAUCAUCCUGUUCUGUCUUUAAUAUUGGAUUCUUAUUUUGUGAAUCUUGUCAAAGGACUGGAAGCAGAUAUUAGGGAACAAAUUGUGGUGGUCUAUAGUCAUCCAAAAACUAAGGUAGCCGUGGUGCCAGCAGAAUUAGAGCAGAAGAUUGGUGAAAGUGAUGUAGAGUACAUAAAGCGGCUGAAAGCUUUUCUUGAGAAGCAAUGCUCUGAAAUAAAGGACCUCCUUUCACGGAAUGCUACUUUGGCUGAAGACCUGGCCAGGACAGGUGGGGGUAGUAAUAUACAAUCUGAGCAAAGAGUAAGUGGGAGCUCAGAUAAAGUCCAAAUAAAUGCACUCAGUAGAGAUCUCCAAGAAGCAUCUAAAAGGUUGGAGAUGCUGAAGUCAGAAAAAGCAGAAGUUGAAUCUGACACAAGGAAGUACCGGAAUUUAGCUGAAAAGAUGGAAGCUGAUCUAAGGAGUCUUUCUGAUGCCUACAACAGUCUUGAGCAAUCCAACAUACAACUGGAGAAGCAGGUGAAAGCACUGAAGAGUGGAGUAUCCUCAACAUUCCUAGAUGUGGAGGCAAUUAAAGCUGAAGCAAGGGAAGAAGCUCAAAAGGAGAGUGAAGGUGAACUGAAUGAUCUGCUUGUAUGCCUAGGGCAAGAACAGAGCAAGGUGGAUAGACUUGGUGCUAGAUUGCUUGAGUUGGGGGAAGAUGUUGACAAAUUGCUUGAAGGCAUUGGAGAUGAUGUUGGGAAUGUUGAAGAUGGUGAGGAUGAGGAAGACACUGAAUAAUAAUAAUGUACUAUCAUCUAGCCUUUGCAGGGCUCACUUUGUACAUUUCUUGGUUGAAUUGUACAGUCUUACCAGGGUUGGAUUUUAAGUUAUAACGUCCAUCUGGACCUCUUCCGGGCUGGCUUUUGUUAUGCAUUACUUGAUGAUUUACGUUGUAUCCGAUGGUUUUUUUCUCA